UAAUUCUCUUCUUCGGUUAGGUUGCACAAAGAGCCUGGGGAAGCUUUGGCGCACGCACGGAUGGGAGAGAGAGAGCGAGGGAUGACUGGUUGCAGCAUCAGAGCUAUCUGGAUCCUUAAUCUUCAAGAUACCGUGGUAUUCUCUCGGAGAUUUCCGGUGGUGGAGAAGCGUUGGCGAUUGGCUUGCCAGAGGGAGAACGAGAGCUCCGGCAGCCACGAGGAUGGUGGACGCGUAGAACCUUUGCUUCCAACCGAUCCAGAGCUGGCUUCCGCAUUUUCUGAGAGAAAGCGAAGGGAAGGCUCUGCUCGUGGCUAUGGUAUUCGUCUUAGUCAUUCUACUCCAGAUUCAGAUUCAUGGUCUGAUGAUCCUAUCACUCGACACAUUAUAAUGCUUCAUAUAAACAGAGAGGAAGGAGAAGAAUACAAGCUGUGGCCUUUGGUGUUACAUAUAAAGGGUGUUUUUUAUAUCCUUGUUUUACCUUUGGUUGAACCUCAACAAUAUAAAUUAUAUAUGAGAAUCUGUAGGCGCUCAGAUUGUGGAAAUGCUAGUGGAGGCGUUGACGGCCUUUCUUCUCUUCUACUUAAUCUUCCUUGCAUCACAGGGGCUUGUGUUGUUGCACACACAUUAGGGGACAUAAUUACCGGUGAUUUGGCAGAUCCUGAGGUUGUUUCAAGUUCAUCUGCUUCUGUCGGUGGAUUGCUUGAUUCUCUGACCGGUAGCAUCGGCAUGGCAGGCAUUUCUGCUAGAGCAAAACCUGCUUUGGCACCUGUUGUAGCUUUAACUACAUCUGGUGCUUCAUUGGUUGGUGCCGUCUUGUCCGAUACUCCAAGAACUAUUUCUAGACCUAUCGACAAAGAAGUUCUUCGCACUUUUAUUUCGGCCUCAAUGCCCUUUGGGACACCUCUUGACCUCAAUUUUGCCAACAUAGCUUCAAUAAAGGCCAAUGGAUUUUCAUCAGCGGAUCCACCUCUGGCAGAUCUUAAGCAACCUGCAUGGAAACCUUACCUUUAUAAAGGAAAGCAACGAAUACUUUUUGCAAUUCAUGAGGUUGUCAAUGCUGCUAUGUAUGAUAGAGAUGAAAUUUCAGAUGCUAUAUCAAUCUCAGGUCAAAUAAACUGUAGAGCUGAGUUAGAGGGACUGCCUGACGUUUCAGUUCCUCUAACUGGGCUGAAAUCAGCUAAUGUUGAAGUUCUGUCAUUCCAUCAUUGUGCUCAAGUAUCAGAACAUGGACUUGAUAAGCAAGCCUUCAUGUUUUCUCCACCGCUUGGGAAUUUCGUCUUGAUUCGAUAUAUAGCUUCAUGUAGCCUUGAUCCCCCAGUGAAAGGCUUCUACCAACUUUCGAUGGUUUCGGAGGAUGAAGGUGCAUUUUUAUUUAAAUUAAGGUUAAUGGAAGGCUAUAAGGCUCCAUUUUCUAUGGAUUUUUGUACUGUCACAAUGCCAUUUCCGAGAAGAAGAGUAGCUUCUUUUGAUGGAAAUCCUUCUAUUGGAACUGUUGCAAUGACAGAGCAUUCUCUUGAGUGGAAAAUCAUAACAAGUGGUCGGGGUAUCACUGGGAAAAGUAUUGAGGCAACUUUUUCUGGAACAAUUAAGUUUUUUCCGAGAAAUCUCUCGAAAGGAUCUGUUCUGAAUAGAUCAAUUACUGGGAGAAUAGUUGAGGAGGAUAGUGACGUGGAACAGCAUGCUCCCAAUAGUAUGGCUAAUGUUGAGGAGUACUUAAUGGAAGCAAUGAGCAAGGAUUUGCAAGCGGCAGAAUUGGAGGAACCAUUAUGCUGGCAAGCAUAUAAUUAUGCUAAAGUGUCUUUCAAGAUUUUAGCAGGCACACUCUCGAGACUCUCCAUUGAUCCAAAAUCUGUUGGCUCGCCCUCUCCCCGCAUCGAAGCCGCAGACCGCUUGCUCGAUCCCGUCUCCCGCACCGAAGCCGCAGACCGCUCCGCUCGAUCCCGUCUCCCCGCGUCGAAGCCGCAGACCCAGCUCUCUCGCCUGCUCGCCUGCUUCCUCUCUCUCAACCGAACUCCUCGCCUCUUUCUCGACACGUCACCUCGCCUACCCUUUUCACUCGACAGAAGAACCCCGCUCGACCAGCUCUCCUUCGAAACCCUGCAUCUCUUCUAUCGGCUGAACGACGACUCCUCUUCCAGCCUGUAG